AUGCUCAAAACAGAAAUUGCACAACACAUAGGUGGGCAACCGCAAACAAUUUUUAAGUUGGAAAACCAAAAAAUCUGGGAAAAAAACAACAAAGACUUCCUUACCAUUACACUGGGAGACUUUAAUAGAUUAGCAAAUCCAAAACUUGACUCAAUCCUUCAUACACUCAUCACCUAUCCAAAAAAGAAUACACAUGGAAAAAUAACAAUGGAGCUGCAACACGAAUUGAUUACAUUUGGCUGUUUCCAAAUCCAAACUGGUUCACACUGGAGACACACUAUACCAUCAGAGUUUAUUUCCAAUAGUGACCACAAUAUCCCUACAUGCACAAUACACACACCCAUAGGAGACGAUCAAAUAAUAUCACACAAUACAUUUCUCAAAACAAACAUAUUCAAUACUAAAGCAACAAAGGCAAAGCAAUGGAAGCUAUUUCAAAAGAAUCUGGACAAGGAAAUAGAACAGCAAGAAGAAUUACACAACACCAUCCACAUGUCAGUAGAAAGACUAUGGAACAUUACUUGGAAUAGUAUCUGCAUAACAGCAAAAAGACAUGUCAGGAAAGCAAAUCCAAAAAAGAUCUCCACACGCAAACAAGGAAAAAACUACUCCCAUUUACACAAUCUCAACUGA